CGGAGCCUGACCGGCUGGGCGGGCGCUGCGGCUGAGGUAAAGCCCCAAGCGCGGGGCGAGCGCGUGGCGUACCGGUGGGGCACCAUCGGGGCACCACUGGGCGCCUUUCCGGCCGCGCAUGGAGACGAUGCCUUGCCACAACCAGAGGGUAGGCUCGGCAGAUGCGCCCCGGCAGCAGCAGCAGCAGCAGCAGGCUGGGGCGACAGACCGGGACCAGGACUGCUCUGAGCAGGCGGUAACGGGGAGCGGCGUCGGCAGCGGCGUCGUUUCCCGGCAGCUCCGCUUCUCCGAGCCCGGCCCUGGCGGCGAUAGCCCCAGCCCGGAUAGCAGCAGCUGCUGCAGCGGGAGCGGCGGCGGCGGCUGCAGCUGCUCUGGCAGCAACGGGGGCGGCCCUGACACGGCCCCGUCGCCGACCCUCGACCUGCCGGUCACCGCCGCCCCUCGGCUCAAGCUCCUGCCCAUGAACGACCAGAUCCGGGAGCUACAGACCAUCAUCCGGGACAGGACAUCCAGCAGAGGGGACUUCGUAUUUUCUGCUGAUCGAUUGAUCAGGCUUGUGGUUGAAGAGGGGUUGAAUCAAUUGCCAUACACAGAAUGCACAGUAACCACUCCAACAGGGUACAAGUAUGAAGGGGUGAAAUUUGAAAAAGGAAAUUGUGGAGUCAGCAUAAUGAGAAGUGGAGAGGCUAUGGAACAGGGUUUGCGUGACUGUUGUAGAUCAAUCCGAAUAGGAAAGAUCCUGAUCCAGAGCGAUGAAGACACUCAGAGAGCCAAAGUGUACUAUGCAAAGUUUCCACCAGAUAUUUUCAGGAGAAAAGUUCUCCUCAUGUACCCAAUACUAAGUACUGGCAACACUGUGAUUGAGGCUGUAAAGGUUCUUAUAGAACAUGGAGUCCAGCCAAAUGUCAUAAUCCUGCUGAGUCUAUUCUCUACACCUCAUGGUGCCAAAUCAAUAAUCCAGGAAUUCCCAGAUAUCACAAUUCUAACGACAGAAGUUCAUCCUGUUGCCCCAACGCAUUUUGGACAGAAGUAUUUUGGAACAGACUGAAGUGCUUUAACCAGUGUGUGUUUUGUUACUGUAUGAUAUUAUACCAUUUUUCUACAUUUUAUAAUUUGAAGCAGAGGUAUUGCUGGGUGUAUUUAACAGCCUAUUUUUCUUUUGCCAAAGGUGAAAAUAACCUGGGCCAGUUUUUUUGUUUUUUUUUAAUUUAAAAGGGAAAAUACUUUAUCUUGUGUCCACUUGAGUUGAGGGCAGCAAUGAAGCACAUUGCGCUGCAACAGUCUUCCAAUGAUGCGCAUAUCCAGAUUGCUGCACUCAUGGUUCCUUUAUUUAUUCUUUUGUAGCCAGUUUAAGUGGCUGCUUGUAACUGCAAAAUAAAUUAACUGUGAAGACA